CGCUCGCCUCUUCGCGUAUCACAAGGGUAUCGCCUCGUGACAACGCCUUUCAAGAGCUCGCCACGUCCGCUCUCGAACUUGAGGACGUAUCUUUCUUCCCUACGUCCCUUUCAUCCCCUUUUGCUCUGAUACUGUGGUCACCUCCCCUGCGUCUCACCUUGAUUCUCAAAACUAACGACCAUGCCACGCGGUGUCCGCGUCGACGUCGCCGAGCGUCUCAGCGCCAACUCCAAGUCCGCCUCUCGUGCUGCUCACGACCAUCCACUCUACGACCCCUCCACCGACCCCGAGCGCCGAGAGGGCAUCCAAGGGCGCAAGAUGCUCUUCUGCGAGUACAUGUCCAUGACCUACUCCCCCGAGGACCUCAUCCAGGUCUGCGACAACUGCCUGCAGUACUCCGCGCGCUGCUGCCAGCACGACCACACAGGCAAGGCCUGCCACCACUUCCGCCUCAUCUUCACGGACGGCGCGUGCGCGGGGAAUGGGAAGGGCGGCGCCGCUGCGGGCAUCGGCGUCGUCCUCGGCAAGAUCGGUCGCGGCAUCGACUCCUUCGCCUACGCCGUGACUGAGAAGAUGGACCCUGGUCAGCGGCGCACCAGCCAGCGCGCCGAGCUCGUCGCCGCCCUCGCAGGCGUGCGCCGCUCCAUGCACGCCGACGUGCACGACUACGAUGACUACAACGAUUCCGUGCCCAAGGAGCGCAUCAUCGCCACGGACUCCGAGUACGUCGUCCGCGGGAUCACGGAGUGGCUACCCCAGUGGAAGCGCAACGGCUGGCGCACCUCCCUCGGCGCGACUCCGGCCAACCUGGACCUCUUCCUGCAGCUUGAGCGCGAGAUGGAGGACCUGGAGGUGGAGAAUAACGUCAAGUUUGGAUUCUGGCACGUGCCUCGGCACCUCAACCAGGAGGCGGACAAGCUGGCGAAGAUUGGCGCGGCAGCGGCGCAGAAGAAGGCGAGCGCGGCCGCCAACUAGGCGGAAAUGUAUGUCGAUACGAAGCGCAGCUGAGUAAAUCGGCAUUCGAGAAGCGCGCGUUCGAGGGUGGUCAGUAUCUUGAGGACGAGGGGGGGCGUACGUUCACGUAUUUUGUGUUUCUUUCUGAUGACAGUAACGACUUGCACGGUGAUCCGAGCGCAUGUCCAGGGAUCCGGUGCAUUGCAGUUAUCAGUGUGCAUUCACGAGCAGGCAGCCCACCAUCAGCGCGGCACCACAAACCGCUGAACACGUCCAGAGCUUGGAAACGUCAGACCUCGCG